AUGUUUGAGUGGUACAUCCAAGUCGCACCAAUUUAUAUUGCGAAUACUAGUAGUAGAAUUUUUUCUAGAACUGUCCCCUUAUCUAUCUAUCUAUCUGUCUAUCUCGAUUUACAUGUACAUUAUUGUGAUAAGAUGAGACCAAUUUUUUUAACAUUUUUUUGUUGGCUCACAAUUCUUAACAGUGUUUUUUCGAUCAAUUCCUCACCAAGUAAUUUUUAUAAUGACGAUAUAAAUAUAAUUGAAGCAACAACUAAAUCAUUUGAUAAAAUUAUUUAUAGAUCAAAUUACACAACUCUUGUAGAAUUUUAUGCCCCAUGGUGUGGACAUUGUCGUAAUUUGAUGCCCACAAUGAAAAAAGUGGCGAAAAAAUUAAGUGGGUUAGUACAAGUAGUGACAGUGAAUUGUGAUUUGGAAUCAAAUAAACCACUCUGUGCAGAAUAUCGAAUCGAAGGAUUCCCAACUUUAAAAGUGUUUAAACCACAAAAGGUUAAUUUUUGGAACACGAAAGACGAUAAAACUAAAAAGCAAAAACCAAGAUUGAAAAAACAUAUAUUUGAUAAUUUUAUGGGAGAAAGAAAAGUGUCUGCUAUCGUAGACUAUUGUUUAUCAAGAAUCAAGAAUUAUGUCAAGAAAUUAGAGACAUUAGAAAAUGCAUAUAAAUUAAAGAAUCUACCUUACAAUAGAACUCCAAUGAUUAUCUUUAAUAAAAAUGAUCGUGUUUCACCUAUGCUCAAAUCUAUGGCAAUUGAUUGGCUAGAUCAUAUACAAUUCUUCUCGAUCUAUAAUAAAAAAAUAUCGUUGCUCUCAAAAGAUACCAGAUUUUAUACAGAGUAUCCGAAUAUUGUGCAACAAUUAAAUAAAUUGAUUGAAUCAAUAAAGGAUGUUCCAAAUCAAUCUCGUAUGAUUAUUUUAGACUUUGAUAACGAUACCAUAAUUGAAUAUGAUGAAAAUAAGGUAAUAAACAAAGAGAAUCUAGUAGAAUUUUUAUUUGAACAAUUUCAGAUAAAACCUAGAGAGGGUCCAUUUAGUGAUCGUGAAAAUUAUUUAAAUGUGUUGAAGAAAGGUUCCACUAAAAAAAAUAAAAAAGUCAAGAGGAAUAGUAACCAAAAACCUAAAAAAAACAAAGAUUCUAACAUCCAUGAUGAGUUAUGA